AUGAAACCCCAAUAUCCACAUAAUAUAACAGAUGUAAGGCUUGUCGGGGGAACAGGUCCAUAUGACGGUCGUGUUGAAGUUCAGAUCAACGAUGACUGGGGCACUGUUUGUGGUUAUUCCAUCGGAUCAUAUGAUGCCGAUACUCUUUGUAAAUCAAUGGGUUUUAAAUUAACUCGCUACUCUGCCGAUCCUUCUGUUUACGGACAAGGAACAGGAGCUAUAUAUAUCGGUUAUAUGAGAUGCUAUGCAACAAACACCCAUGUAAAUCAAUGUAGUUAUAAUUUGCCUCCAAGACGGCGCUAUUGCUCUCACAGUCGUGAUAUUUCGUUAGUGUGUACACCUUGUGGUAAACCGUUAAUACAAUUUGGAUCUUAUCAUUCUUUCAAUGGUACUGUACUGACUGCAAAGUGCGACGUUGGCUAUCAACCAGAAAAUAUUACAUUUGAUUGUCUUGCGAAUGGGACUUGGAUGCAAAAUGACAAAUGCUCAUCAAAAUAUUCUUAUCCGUUAGAAAUAAGUGAUUUGAAGAUUGUAAACAGAUAUGGUCAUCACGAAGGUCGUGUAGAGAUACAGGUUGAUGGUAUUUGGGGAACUAUAUGUAGCAACAAUUUUACUAUGGCAGAGGCGAACGUCAUAUGUCAAAUGAUUGGUUUAGAAGCAAGUCAUAUUUACACAGAUACAGGGGGCGAUGGCCCGGUUUUUAUUUCAAAUCUUCAAUGCCAUGGAAAUGAAUCACAUAUCAACAACUGUUCUUACAAUGUCAAUAAUGAUUGCUUGUACACACAAAGUGCAGGAGUCUACUGUACAGGGUAUCAGCUGAAUGUUACUGGAUGGCGACUGGCCGGUACAAAUGGACCUUAUCAUGGAAGAGUCGAAUUAGAAGUAAAUGGCACAUGGGGAACAAUUUGUUCACGAGGAUUCUAUGGCUGGCCAUCAGCAGAUGUUAUAUGCAAUAUGUUUGCAUUACGAUAUUACGACUACUAUUAUAAUGCAUAUUAUGGUCAAGGAGAAGGUCCAAUAUACAUGGAGAGUCUACACUGUAGCCGCCAAUCUUAUACAGAUAUAAACGACUGCAAAUAUGUUGCAAACAACUAUCACGGCGUAUGUUCGCAUGCAAACGAUUUAUCAGUGAUGUGUUUUGGUCCGUCUCUAAAUAUAACGGAUGUGCGAUUAACAAAUGGUACAGGGCCUGACGAUGGUAGGGCAGAAAUCAAAAUUAGCGACACAUGGGGAACUAUUUGCGAUUCUAAUUUUGCUUUAAGAGAUGCGGAGGUGUUUUGUAAAAUGCUUGGACUGAAAGCUGUGAGAUUUUUCACCGGGGCAUUAUAUGGAGAAGGAAAUGGGCCGGUUUAUAUUGAUCAACUUUUCUGUGACAGUAGCGAUGCUGUUCUAAGUGAUUGCCAGUAUUUGUUUCUUAAUGAAUGCAGUCAUAGCAGAGAUGUUUCUAUUGUAUGUAAUGAGUGCGGGGAGCCUGACAACUCUCAUUGGGAUGCUGGAUAUUUUACAUACAAUGGUUCAACUUUGUAUGCUGACUGCUCCUAUUAUAAAACAUAUUUAGGCAUAUUAAAGAUGACUUGUGACAAUGUUAAUCAGACAUGGAAAGCAGAAGGAGAAUGUCAAGAAUACGCGUAA